AUGGAAGUAUCAGGACGUACACAGACUGGAAAAGAAAAUAUUUUGUGUCAACCGUGCCAUAGUGACGAUGAUGAUGUACCAGCUGAAGGAUAUUGUGAAACAUGUAAUGAAUAUUUUUGCUCUUCAUGUCUGAGAGUUCAUCGUAAACAGUCAGUUACCAAGAAUCACGUGAUCAAAUUGAAAGAUGAAAUGCCUAGAGUCCAGAUUCAGACUGACCGCUGUUCUGAACUCUGUGCUGUCCACAAAACCGAGAUAGUGAAGUUCUACUGUCAAAGACACAACUCAGUGGGAUGUUGCGAUUGUAUGGUGCUAACGCAUAAAUCUUGCAGUGUUCAGUUGGUUUCUGAUGUAUCCGGUAACUAUGGCAACUGUGAAGAACUUCACAAUAUCAAAAAAGAGAUAGAAGAGCUUCAAAAGAAAAUCAAGGCUUCAAAAUAUGAAAUACAGAAAAAUCUGAAAGUGGCUGAUGAUGUAAAAGUCAAAAUAAUUGCAGAAAUCAAAUCCUUUCGUGAAGAAAUGAACAGUUACCUGGACACAGUUGAAACAGAACUUAUACGAGAAGUUGAAAUGAUAAACGCUAAAGAUGUUUCUGAACAAAGUCAGUUUCUAAAUGAAUGUAAAUCGAUCGAAAACGAAAUGAGUGAAUUUCAAAGAAAUCUUGAUCAAUAUGCAGACAAAAUAAAUCAGUUGUUCGUAACAGCUAAACUUGCACAGACCAAACUUCAUGCAUGUCAAAAAAUAACAAAGGACAUUGCUUCAAAAAGUCAAAUGAACAUCUACAAAUUUGAACGAUCAAAAGACAUGGAUACGCUGAAAAAGAGCCACAUUUCUAUCGGAACCAUUACAAGACAGAUGUCAAAAUCCAAGGCUCAAAUUCAGAAAGAUAUAGCUGACAUGAAGGCUCAUUAUGUCAAGAAAUUCGACGUGAAAGCUACAAAUGAAUCAGCUGUCUGUUGGAUAACAGGAUUAGCAAGGCUUUCUUCUGAUGAAAUUCUACUUGCAGACUAUAACAACCAGUCUCUGAAGAUUCUCAAUGUAAGAGACAAUGCAAUCAUUUCAAGGUAUCAAACAGUUGGUUCACCAUGGGAUGUUAGUGUCAUUAAUACUGAAACGAUUGCAGCAACGCUACCAAGUGAAGGCAACAUCUUGUUUGUGAAUACCAAAAAUGGACUGUCUGAAAGCCACAGUCUGAAAGUAAGGAAUAACUGCAGAGGAAUUGAUCAUCGUAAUGGUGUCAUUGGUUUAGCUUAUGGCCAUCCCCCAGCUGUUCAGAUACUGAACAUGAAAGGUGAUAUUCUACAUGAAGUCAAAGAUACGAGCCUACUCCAGUAUCCGGAGUUUAUAGCUGUGAUAGAUGAUACAAAUAUUAUCAUUUCAGACAGUUAUAAAAGCGCAGCCUAUCAUCUAACAAUAGACGGACAUCUACAGGUAACUAAGAAAUUCGAGAGGCUCCAAUCUAUAAGGGGACUGGCAGUGACCAGCAAUGGAACUGAUGUUUUUUGCUGUCCCAAAAACAGUGGACGAUUGAGCAUUGUAUUACCAAAUACCGGGAAAACUCUGCCUUUUUAUGUACAGCAUGUACAGAAACCAUUUAACAUACUAAUUUGUGAAGAAGAGAGCAACCUGUUUUUGUCUGAAGACUGUGGUUCUGGUGACUCUGAUCCGCAAACAAACUUUAUAAACAAUUAUCAAAGGAAAUUGAUUAAAGUAACAGAUGUGAAAAAACCCAAAAACAAUGAUGGUAAAAAUACAGUUAUCCAGAUGUGUUCGUUCUUUUGA